AACCCAGGGUGUAAGUGUAAAACGCCCUAUUCUUUAUGUAUUCUCAGCCUCUCUUCUUUUGCCACCUCCACAGACUACACGUCUUUCCCACUUUCUCGCUUUGGCUUUCAACUUUCCAUACGACCUGUAUUUCAACAGAAAAUCAUUCAGAAACCAUUCAAAAAAAAAAAAAAAAAAAAAAUCAGAUAAUUUUUUCCUCUCUUCAUUUUUCAUUUCAUCAUCUCACAUGGAUCAGCCACAAAAUCAAAGCCUGCACGUGGCGAUCCUCCCGUCGCCGGGGAUGGGUCACGUGAUCCCGAUGGUGGAAUUUGCCAAGCGCCUCGUUGGAAACCACAACUUCACCGUCACCUUCGUGGUCCCCAACGCUGGCCCUCCAUCGACGGCCAUGAGAUCCGUCUUCACCGGCCUACCGGAUUCCAUCCACCUCGAGUUCCUCCCUCCGGUUAACUUCGACGACCUUCCAGAAGGUUCCAAGAUCGAGAUGCAGAUCGCCCUCACCGUCGUCCGCUCCCUCGCCUCCAUCCGCCACGCGCUCGAGUCCCUUGUCUCGCGGCGCGUGGGUCUCGUUGCCCUCGUCGUCGACCACUUCGGUUUGGACGCCUUCGGCGUGGCGCGCGACCUCAACUUGUCGUCGUACCUUUUCUACCCCUCGGCGGCCACGGCCUUGUCUGUGAUUCUCCACUUGCGCGAGCUCGACAAAACGACGUCGCUGGACUACUGGGAACUCCCCGAUCCGGUGAAGAUUCCGGGUUCUUUCCCGAUACCGGGAAAGGAUCUGCCCGACCCGAUUCUGGACAGAAAGAGUGAUGUCUACAAGUUGACUCUCAAGAAAUCGACUCAGUACCGUUUGGCCGACGGGAUCAUCGUCAACACGUUCAACGAUUUGGAGCGUGGGGUAAUUUCGUCCUUGCAGAAGAGGGAAACCAGUGAACAACUACCACGUGUGUACCCCGUGGGACCACUUGUCAAAAUGGAGAGAACCACAUUGGUUGAGGAGGAGUCAAACUGUCUGACUUGGCUGGAUGGACAAGCACGUGGCAGUGUUCUAUUCGUUUCCUUCGGGAGCGGAGGGACCCUCUCAUCCCGCCAAAUCAACGAGCUGGCCUUGGGAUUGGAGAAGAGCGAGGAGAGGUUCCUGUGGGUCGUGAGGCCGCCAAACGACAAGGCCGCGAGCGCUGCAUACUUCAAGGUCAACAGGCAAAACGAGUCGUCGUUUGACUUCUUGCCUGAAGGGUUUCUGAGCCGGACCAGGGAUCGGGGCCUGGUGGUAGCUUCUUGGGCCCCACAGGCCCAGAUUUUGAGCCAUGACUCGACCGGCGGGUUCUUGACCCACUGUGGUUGGAACUCCAUUCUCGAAAGCUUGGUCAACGGCGUGCCACUGAUCGUUUGGCCUCUCUUUGCCGAGCAGAGAAUGAACGCUUUUCUGUUGACGGAAGACAUAAAAGUGGCUCUGAGACCGACAGCGGGCGAAAGCGGCUUCGUCGAGAAGGAGCAGAUUGCGAGAGUGGUUAAGGCUCUUAUGGAAGAAGAAGGAGAAGAAAGGGAAAAACUAAGGAAGAGAAUGGAGAAGCUGAAAGCAGCGGCUGCAGCGGCUCUGAGUGAAGAUGGGAAUUCUACUAAAGCACUUGCUGAGGUGGCAUAUGUGUGGAAGAGCCAGAUUGGCAAUUAGACGCUUAUUUGACUUGCUGAGGUGGCUUAAUUUAGUUCGUUUGGCAAUUUUAAGGACCUGGAUGUGUGGGUUGCUGUUGUUUUUACUUUUUGUAAUGUUAAUUGUCGCAUUAUAUAGAUAUGGAAGUGCCAUCUUGAUGUUUUGGAUUCGGUUUGUUAAAUAAAUGUUAAAGGGAAUUUGAUUUGAGACGUAUAAGAAGAUGAUUUGUUUGCUGA